AUGCCGAGUCUCGCGGUCGACGUGAACGCGUCGCCGUCGUCGCUGCAGAGACGAGGGAUCGUGAGCACGUCCGCGGCUUCGGUGUUCGAGGAUGACUUUUCGAUGGAUGACGGUCGACGCAGCGUCGUUCUGGGCGACGACGACGACGACGAUGGAGACGACGGAGAAGACGAUACCGGUUAUGAUGUCGUCCAGCGAGCGUCCACGAAGGAGAAGAGUGACUGCGAUGGGGACCCAGCGGCGAGCGGAACCGCGCGCGCGUUUCGCAGGCGGUUGGAGUCGUUCAGCGAAGCGGUGGAGAGCGCGCGAGCGACGUUCGGCGAACUCGCUUCCGCGGGAUGGGUGGCGGAGAAUCGAAAGAUUGUCGUUAAGGCUACGGCGUUGUUGGCGUUCGCGAUCGCAUUUUACGUCGCGUUAGUAAUGGCAUUCGCGCACGUUUGGAUCGAAGUGGCUACUGCCAUUGGCGUGCGUGUGCUACGGGUCAUCCUCGCCGCGAUGUUGUUGGCGCUCGCACCGCCUAUUUUUCCGAACGCGGCGGCGCACGCGUUGGCGUUGGUGUUGAUGUUCGCCGAGAUCGCGUUGCUGAGCGUGAACGCUGUGUUGUUGGCGAUGGUACACUUGGCCAUCGUUCUGAACAAGUACGUGUUGCCGUCGUGGUAUCAUCGCGCGCGCGUCAAGGUCAGAGAGAGCGCAGGAGGGGUCGAUCAUAAAGGACGAGCGAACGCGCAUUACAGUAAACUUCGACAGGAGACGCUCGCGGAGCUCGAGCGGACUGAGACGUACGAAGCGUGGCGCACCAUCGCGAACAAGCUCGACGCGUUUCCCGCUGAAGUCGGCGAGGGCGGAUCCGCUUGGAAGCUGGAUGACAAAAGUGACGCUUACGACAAGGUUCUGGUGAAGGUGUAUCUGAAUACGAUGAAGACAGCGCGUGAGCGCGGCGAUAUCACGUCCCUCGGUCUGUGUUUGCGAACGGUGUUGCACAGAAACUUUGCGGGAAUCGACCGCUUGCUUCAUUUGCGCUCUGCGCGCGUCGGCACGAAGGUGCUCGUGCAAGCCUUUAACGACGAAAUCGUAGCGGCAAUUGAAUACAUGUCAACCACCGACGAUGAGGAAACCGCGCGAGAGAUGCUCAAGGUUCUGCGAGAGUCGUAUCGUUCGCUCGGGAGAACGGCGCUGUGUUUAUCAGGCGGCGGUGCUCUGGCGAUGUAUCAUUUUGGCGUUUUGCUCACGUUGCUUCGACAAGGUCUGUGUCCGCAGGUUAUCUCCGGCACGAGUGGUGGGUCCAUUGUUGCGGCGUUUCUGGCUUGCCACUCGCCCAAGGAUAUCGUCACGAGCAUUCGACCGGACGUUUCCACUCGCUUUGGUCGUCGCUGGUUUCCUCUUCCAAUAAAAAUGGCGUUGCACUUUUUGAAGCACGGCGUACUUAUGGACGAGGCUGGAUUUUCAAAGACGACAAAGGCGUAUUUUGGUGAUACGACGUUCGAAGAAGGAUUUGCGAUUUCUGGAUUGGCAGUUUCGAUCCAGGUUUCGAUUGGAUCACAGACUGGCUACGUCUUGAACCACUUGACAUCGCCCAACGUGCUCAUUCGCACGGCGGUUUGUGCGUCGUGCGCGCUUCCCGGUCUCAUGCGCCCGGUCGAGAUCCUCGCCAAGGAUAAGAAUGGAAAUCUGAUUCCUUUUCAUCCACCCGAUGUGAAAAGCUACGAUGGGACGAUCACGCAGGACAUUCCCUCGGCUCGCAUGACGGAGCUGUUCAACUGCAACAACUUCAUCGUAUCUCAGGUGAACCCACACUUGAACUUUGUGUUGCAUUUGGCCGAGGAGUCUCACGGGCGCAAGCAAAAGAGCGCGCGGAGCUACCAACGACGCAAUGCCGUCCAAAAGCUACUGCGCGUCGCCAAUUUCCUGCUGUUAAACAUCAAGUAUUCGAUUCAGAAGCUUCUUGAGGUGGACUUGCUCGACAUUCGAUUCGUACGCACGCUUCAGGGUGUGCUCAUGCAAGAUUUCCGAGGUCACAUAACGAUCCUACCCUCGCUGACGUGGACCGAUUAUUCAAAGAUUCUUCUUCACCCGACGGAGAUGGACAUGCAACGAUACAUCUCGCGAGGCGAGCAAUCCACGUGGCCGCACAUAGAAGCCAUUCGCUACACAAUGCGCAUCGAGCACGCGCUCGUGGAUGGCAUUCGUGCCCUAACGAGGCGCACCGACACCUCGUCGCCCGCAAACAAGGCCAAACGUCAAAACUCUCACGGAUUCUUAGAACACUAA